AUGAUGAUGAUGAUGGUGAUGAUGAUGAUGAUGAUGAUGAUGAUGAUGAUGAUGAUGAUGAUGAUGAUGAUGAUGAUUGAUGAUGAUGAUGAUGAUGAUGAUGAUGAUGAUGAUGAUGAUGAUGAUGAUGAUGAUGAUGAUGAUGAUGAUGAUGAUGAUGAUGAUGAUGAUGAUGAUGAUGAUGAUGAUGAUGAUGAUGAUGAUGUAUGA